AUGCCUGUCCUUAAACCACUUGCGGGCUCUAAAGAUGCUCCUCAACAACACAAUCAAAAGUCAAGGAAAGGAAAGAAAGCUUGGAGAAAGAAUGUCGAUGUUACAGAAGUCCAAGAAGGUUUGGAUGAAGUCAGAGAUGAAUUGAUUGCAGGUGGAGUUAUUGCUGAGAAGGAUUCCGCUGAUCUUUUCACCUUGGAUACUGCUGGAGAUGCUGCGAUACCGAAGAAGUACUUGAAAGCCUCCAAGCCACUCAAAGCCGAUGAAAUCAUUGCUCAACGCUCUGCUGUUCCAGCAGUGUCGAUGAAGAAGCGCCCAGGACAAGGUACUACCGAUGGGAUUAUCGAAUCGAAGCGCCAAAGAACUGGUUAUAUUUCACAUAAAGAGCUUACUCGACUACGCAAAAUUGCCGAUGGACAUCAAGAGAAGACGGUUGAAGUCACGGAAGCUUCAUUCGAUCCUUGGGACGAGCAGAAGGACAUAGAAGAAGCGAAACAAGAUCCCAGAUUCUCAUUUCUCGAGAAGGCAAAAAAGACAACAAUCCCCAGUUCAUGGAAGCAAAAGCCAAUUUCGUUGGCAGCCAGUGGAAAGGAUAUUCCUGCAGUUAAAAAGCCGGAAGGAGGAUACAGUUACAACCCAGUAUUCACAGAUUACGAAGAGAGAUUAACGACUGAAGGAGAGAAGGAACUUGCAGCGGAGAAAAAACGAUUGGCUGCUAUUGAGUUAGAACAGAAAAAGCGAGAAGCAGCGAAUAGAUCUGCGGCCGAGGCAGAAGCUGCGGAAGCGCGAGCAGAUAUGUCAGAGUGGGAAGAAGAUUCUGCUUGGGAAGGUUUUGAGAGUGGCGCAGAAGAUGUUCGUUUGAACGCUAAGAGGCCUGAGAGGAAAACUCAAGCGCAGCGAAAUAGGAUAAAGAGGAGAAAGGAAGAGGAAAGGAAAGCCAAAAUGGCAGCUCAUAACAAAAAGAAAGAAGAACAAGCUGCACAAAUCAAGAAAUUGGCCAAGGCUCUUGCGGAGAAAGAAAAGGCUCGCUCGUUGACGGUGGUGGAAGACGAUAGUAGUGAAGGCGAUGAUAUGGAACUGCGAAGAAGAAAAUUGGGAAAGAUUUCUUUGCCAGAGAGGGACCUCGAGCUCGUCCUACCAGAUGAGCUGCAAGAAUCAUUGAGGUUACUGAAACCCGAGGGUAACUUGUUGAAAGAUAGGUACAGAAAUAUGUUGGUUCGUGGAAAAGUCGAGAGCAGACGUCCUAUUAGCUUCGCAAAGAAGGCAAAGAGAAAGGCUACGGAGAAGUGGACCCACAAGGAUUUCAUGUUACAUUGA